GAUAUUGUUGAAUAGAUAAAGCAGGAUGGGAACCUGAACCAUUCACUUUGAUCUAGGGAAGUCUUCUCACUUGAACAGAUGCAACUUUGUGGAAACAGGAAGAAGAUAUAAACUGUUUUUCUACUGAAAUCAUAACAUCUCACUUAAUUUCCUACCACAUUUUUGGGAAAUGGAAUCUAGUUCAUCAGAUUACUGUAAUAAAGACAAUGAAGAAGAAAGUUUGCUUGCAAAUGUUGCUUCAUUAAGACAUGAACUAAAGAGAACAGAAUGGAACUUGCACAAUUUGGGGGAAGAGUUAUCCAGUGCUAGUCCAAGUGAAAAUUCUGAUUUUACCUCUAAUCCCUCAAGAUCAGAAAGGCUUAUUUUGGAAGAUCUUACUCAAUCUUGCCACUCAGGAAUUUUGAAUUAUUCACCUUUUAAGAAACUUUCUAAAGCAUCUGAUAGUACUGAUUUUCAAAAAAAGUCACGAGAUAAGGUAUCUUUUUCAUCAACUAUGGAUCAGGAAAUUAAAAGCCUUCGAGAGAAACUUAACAAACUCCGGCAACAGAAUGCUUGUUUGGUCACACAGAAUCAUUCUUUAAUGACUAAAAUAGAAUCUGUCCACUUUGAAUUAACACAGUCAAAAGCAAAAAUUGCUGUGCUUGAGUCUGUUCAACAACAGGCAUCCAAUGUCCCGAUCUUAGAAGAACAGAUUAUAAACUUGGAAGCUGAAGUUUCGGCUCAAGAUAAAGUUUUAAGAGAAGCAGAAGAAAAAUUAGAGCAGAGUCAAAAAAUGGUGAUUGAAAAGGAAAAAAGCUUGCAGGAGUGCAAAGAGGAAUGUAUUAAGUUGAAGGUGGAUUUACUUGAACAAAGUAAGCAAGGAAAAAGAGCUGAACGACAAAGGAAUGAAGCACUAUAUAAUGCUGAAGAGUUAAGUAAAGCUUUCCAACAAUAUAAAGAAAAAGUGGCCGAAAAACUGGAAAAGGUUCAGACUGAAGAAGAAGUAUUAGAGAAAAAUCUUAGUAACUGUGAAAAAGAAAAUAAAAGGCUACAAGAAAAGUGUAGUGCAUAUAAAAAUGAACUUGAGGUUCUGAAAGAGAAAUUAAGGCAGUUAAAAGAAGAAAAUAACAGUGGAAAAGAAAAACUAAGGAUUAUGGCAAUGAAAAACUCUGAAGUCAUGACACAGUUAACUGAAUCUAGACAAAGUAUUCUGAAGCUAGAGAGUGACUUAGAAGGCAAAGAUGAACUAUUGAGAGAAAAAUUUUCCCUGAUGAAUGAAAAUCGAGAAUUAAAGGUCCGUAUUGCAACACAGAAUGAACGACUGGAUUUGUGUCAGCAGGAAAUUGAAAGUUCAAGGGUAGAACUGAGAGGUUUGGAAAAAAUGAUAUCCCAGUUGCCAUUUAAAAGAGAAAUACUUGGCUUUAAAUCGCCUCUUUCUAAGCAUCAGAUGAGUGGUUUGUCACACAAGGAAGACAGUUGUGUUGGCUGCUGUGAGGCAAAUAAAACGAUGAUUUCGGAAUUGAGGAUUAAACUUGCAAUGAAAGAGGCAGAAAUUCAAAAGCUACAUGCAAAUCUGACUGUGAAUCAGUUAUCUCAGAAUUUUAUUGCUUGUAACGAUAGUCAAGAAACUGGCAAAUUAAAUAUUUUAGAAACAGAACCUGUAAAACUACGUGGUAAUCAAAUAGCAGAAAGUGUAAAAGGUCGAAAUCAACAGAUAAACAAGCAAUAUGAAAGAGAGAGGCAACGACUUGCUACUGGAAUAGAAGAACUACGCACUAAGCUGAUGCAAAUAGAAGCUGAGAAUUCUGAUUUGAAAGUUAACAUGGCUCACAGAACUAGUCAGUUUCAGCUGAUUCAAGAGGAGCUGCUAGAGAAAGCUUCCAACUCUAGCAAACUAGAAAGUGAAAUGACAAAGAAAUGUUCUCAACUUUUAACCCUAGAGAAACAGCUGGAAGAAAAAAUAGUUGCAUAUUCUUCUAUUGCAGCAAAAAAUGCAGAACUUGAACAGGAACUUAUGGAAAAGAAUGAUAAGAUAAGAAGUCUAGAAACUAAUAUUAAUACAGAACAUGAGAAAAUUUGUUUAGCCUUUGAAAAAGCAAAGAAAAUUCAUCUUGAACAGCAUAGAGAAAUGGAGAAACAGAUUGAAAAACUUGAAGCUCAAUUAGAGAAAAAAGACCAGCAAUUUAAAGAACAAGAAAAGACUAUAUCCAUGUUGCAACAAGAUAUAAUAUGUAAACAACAUCAUCUUGAAUCACUAGAUAGACUCCUGACUGAAAGCAAAGGGGAAAUGGAAAAGGAAAAUAUUAAGAAAGAUGAAGCUUUGAAAGCAUUACAGAGCCAAGUAUCAGAAGAAACUAUCAAGGUCAGACAACUGGAUUCAGCAUUGGAAAUUUGUAAGGAAGAACUUGCUUUGCAUUUAAAUCAGUUGGAAGGAAAUAAAGAAAAGUUUGAAAAACAAUUGAAGAAGAAAUCUGAAGAGGUAUAUUGUUUACAGAAAGAGCUAAAGAUAAGGAAUCACAGUCUUCAGGAGACUACUGAGCAAAACGUGAUUCUACAACAUACUCUUCAGCAACAACAGCAAAUGUUACAGCAGGAGACAAUUAGAAAUGGAGAGUUAGAAGACAUUCAGACUAAACUUGAAAAACAGGUAUCAAAACUAGAACAAGAGCUUCAAAAACAAAAGGAAGGUUCUUCUGAAAAGCUGAGAAAAAUGGAAGAGAAAUAUGAAGCAGCUGCACGUGACGCAGAUUUGAAAAGACAAAAAGUCAUUGAGCUUACUGGUACUGCCAGACAAGUAAAACUAGAGAUGGAUCAAUACAAAGAAGAGCUAUGUAAAAUGGAAAAAGAAACAAUGCACCUGAAACGAGAUGGAGAAAACAAAGCAAUACAUCUUUCUCAAUUAGAUAUGCUGUUAGAUCAGACAAAAACAGAGCUGGAAAAGAAAACAAAUACUGUGAAAGAGUUAGAAAAGUUACAACAUCACACUGAAACUGAACUAACAGAAACCGUGCAGAAACGGGAAGCAUUGGAGAAUGAACUACACAAUGCUCAUGGAGAAUUAAAAAGUACUCUAAGACAACUGCAGGAAUUGAGAGAUGUACUGCAGAAGGCUCAGUUAUCACUGGAGGAAAAAUAUACUACUAUAAAGGAUCUUACCGCUGAACUUAGAGCAUGCAAGAUGGAGCUUGAAGACAAAAAGCAAGAAGUCCUUGAAAUGGAUCAGGCCCUUAAGGAAAGAAAUUGGGAGCUAAAGCAAAGAGCAGCUCAGGUUACUCAUUUGGAUAUGACUAUUCGUGAACACAGAGGAGAAAUGGAACAAAAAAUAAUAAAAUUAGAGGGUACUCUGGAAAAAUCAGAAUUAGAACUUAAAGAGUGCAACAAACAGAUAGAAAAUUUAAAUGAAAAAUUGCAAAAUGCAAAAGAACAGCUUCGAGAAAAAGAGUUUGUGAUACUACAAAAUGAGCAAGAGAUAAGUCAACUGAAAAAGGAAAGUGAAAGAACACAGCAAAGGAUGAAAGAAAUGGAAAAUGUUAUAAAAGAGCAAGAACAGUACAUUGCCACUCAAUACAAGGAGGCUAUAGAUUUGGGGCAAGAAUUGAGGCUAACACAGGAGCAGGUGCAGAACUCUCAUACAGAAUUGAUGGAGGCUCGCUGUCAACAAGUCCAAGCACAGAGAGAAAUAGAAAGGCUUUCUACAGAACUGGAGGACAUAAAGCAGCUCUCUAAAGAGAAAGAAGCUCAUGGAAAUCAUUUAGCAGAAGAAUUGGGGGCAUCUCAAGUACGUGAAGCUCAUUUAGAAGCAAGAAUGCAAGCAGAAAUCAAGAAGUUGUCAGCAGAAGUAGAAUCUCUCAAAGAAGCUUAUCACAUGGAGAUGCUUUCACAUCAAGAGAAUCAUGCAAAAUGGAAGAUAUCUGCUGACUCUCAAAAGACUUCUGUUCAGCAGCUAAAUGAACAAUUAGAGAAGGCAAAACAAGAAUUAGAAGAAGCUCAGGACACCGUAAGCAAUUUACAUCAACAAGUUCAAGACAGGAAUGAAGUAAUUGAAGCUGCAAAUGAAGCCUUACUUAUUAAGGAAUCAGAAUUAACCAGAUUACAAGCCAAAAUCACUGGACAUCAGAAGACAGAAGACAUCAAGUUUUUAUCAUCCGCAUUCAUAUUUCCGUCAGAAAAUACACCUGUUACUCAAGAUUCACAGUUCAUCAAACAUUCCCAGUCAUCUUUUUCCAAGUGCAGAAAACUACGUCGUUCUAUUAGUGCCAGUGACCUCAGUUUCAAAAGUCAUUGUAAUGAAGAUCUUUCUGAAGAAUUAUUACAGGACUUAAAGAAAAUGCAAUUACAACAGCCUUCAACAUUAGAUGAAAGUCAUAAAGAUCGAAAUUAUACUCAGGCAGAUUCAUUUAAGCCUCUCACAUGUAACCUAGAAGAUGAUAAUUCUGAGAGCAAUGAUUUUAGUACUCUUAGUGGAAUGCUAAGAUAUAUAAACAAAGAAGUGAGACUAUUAAAAAAAUCCUCUGUGCAAACAGGUGCUGGUUUAACCCAGGGAGAAAAUUUAUAAUUAAAAGAAGAUAUCAACUCGAUAAGAAAUGGAAUUGUUGGUACAGUCCUGUGUUUACUUAUUAUUAUGUGUAGCACAUGUUGCAAUACAAGCUGUUAUUUUAUUG